CUACUACUUUGCGCUGCGAAGGAGAAAGGACGUUUUUGAAAGCUUUUUCCAUUAAAGUUCACAUAGAAAGUUGUAAAGAACCUUUAAGCAUUUUUGAAGGAAUCUUGAAUGUCGUAAGGAAAAUGCUUUUCGAUAUAGUAAUAUUGAUAACUUCGUCCAUUUUGGUAGAAGUAGGAACCCAGGUGGUAACACUUAAAAAUGGACUAACAAUUCACGGCAAAUCAAUAGAGUUUAAUGAUAAGCGAGUAGAAAGUAGGAUUUACAAUAAAAUCGAAGAGUAUUUGGGAAUACCUUAUUCAGAAGCGCCAGUCGGAAAUAAACGCUUUCAGCAAAAACUUAAAGCUUUUGAUUGGAAAUCGCAAAAGACUUUUAAUGCUACAAAGUACUGUAAUGUCUGCCCCCAGCAAGAAGGUGUUUUCAGAAUGACAGCAAAAAAUUUUCAAGAUGAAGACUGUCUGUGCUUAAACGUUUAUACAGUUAAGUCUAAUGUCCUGAAUCCUGUCAUGGUUUACAUCCACGGGGGUUCCUACUUGUAUGGAACCGGAAAUCGAUUAAACGGAACAGUGUUGGCUUCCCUUGGCGUUGUAUUUGUGUCAAUGAAUUACAGGUUAGGUGCUCUAGGAUUUAUGACAAGCGGAGACGAUAGGUUACUGGGAAAUUACGGUUUGUAUGAUCAGGUAAUGGCCUUGGAAUGGGUAAAGGAGAAUAUUGCAUCUUUUGGUGGUAACCCAAACUCAGUAACUAUAUUCGGAAGCAGUGCCGGUGGGAGUAGUGUAGGAUUAUUGUAUUUAUCGCCUUACGUUAGAAAGAAAAAUAUUUUCCAAAAAGUUAUAGCUCAAAGUGGAACAGCUAAUGCUUUUUGGGCUUCUCAUUUCGAGACAAAGAUGCAUUUGAUAAAUAGAGCAUCUAAAAUCAGCGCCUAUCUAAAUUGUUCUCUUGAUGACAUGGCUUGCUUAAAAAAAGUUGAUUGGAGAAAUUUAAUCUAUGAUCGUAUCUGUGAUAAUUUAAAGGAGGUUAAGUGUAAUGUAGCCAAUCCCAUUUUUAAACCAAUAACGGGGAAUGAAAUGUUUCCAGUCGACAUCCCCGAAUUAAUUCGAACCGCUUAUAAACUACCUGGAAACGUGCCGUAUAUAACCGGAACUGUUAGAACAGAGUUCGGAAAGAACAAUACAGAUAGUGAUGAUACGAAGAUGUCAACAGGGAUUGAUGAUUUUUUAAAUGAUUAUUUUCACUCUUUUGUACCCGACAUUAUUAGAUACGAAUAUGUAAACUGGAGUGUAAUAGGAGAUUUUAACGAUAGGCACCUCUAUGAUAGAUCUUCCGUUAUUUCGGAUUUAGGUCUUACUGCACCUACAUCUGCAAUGGCAAAGGAAUUAUCGAAGAAACGAGAAAAUAGAGUUUUCCUUUAUUACGUCGACAGAGUUGGAAAAAGUUUUCAUAGUGUAGAACUUAAUUAUGUUUUCGGAACACCUUUCACUGAUCAAAUAGUCGACGAAAGGGAUGAGCGUUUAAACUCGACAGAUUAUGAUAUUGCAUUUUCAAAUAGAUUCCUGAAGCUUUGGACUGACUUUGCUCGCUUUCAAUUUCCAAACAAGAGCCUCUGGCCUUCUUUAGAUCCCACAAAGAUGAAUUAUCUCUAUCUAGAUAGUGGAACAGGAGAGUUGAAGAACAAAUUGAGAUACGGUGGAGAGAAGGUGGCAUUUUGGGAAGGUUUGAUUCCCUUCGUUGAUGGAAAGGUUAAGCAUCUUUAUAAGACAAGGAGGUCAAUGGCUCCAGAGACACCACGAAGAGACGUUUAUAUCCUCGCUAUAUUGUGCGCUAUUCUCACUUUGAUACUAUUAACUACUCUAUUUCUCAUCUGGAAAAAUAAAAACAAAGGAAAAUCAAACAGAAAUCGUAUAAUAGAGGAGAAGCAAAGAGUCACGAUUUCAACGAGUGAUGAAGCCGAAGACAUUUUAUAA